CCUGCUGGGCUCCGUCUGUCGUCUGUCGGUGUGGGCUGGGCUGAAGCGUGCCAUGGUCUCCAUCCUCAGCGCCCUGCUCUGCCUUGGACUGUUUUUGGGCAAGAAGAGCUGGACACAAUCUGGAAACCUCCCCAAGCCCUCCAUCCGUGCAGUGCCGAGUCCCGUGGCUCCCCAGGGGAGUGCGCUGACCAUCCUCUGCAAGGGGCCUCCUGGCACAUCUCAGCACCGUCUGGAGCACGCAGGAACCUCCCAAGUGUGGCAUGAGAAACCCCUCAAGGGGUCCUGGGGAGAAACUAAGUUCUCCUUCCAAAAUAUCACGUCCAGCCAUGCAGGGUCUUACCUCUGUCAGUACAAGAAGUUGUCUGACUGGUCAGAGCGCAGUGACCCUCUGGAGCUGGCGGUGACAGGUGUCUUCAACGACAAACCCACCCUCUCGGCCCAGCCGAGCCCCAUGGUGACUUUAGGAGGAAGUGUCACCCUCCGUUGCCACUUGCCAAACACAUAUGACACGUUCAUUCUGUCCAAAGGAAGGAGAUCAGUCUUUCUUCCAGUCUAUACCCAAAAGGGCCGUGGAAACUUCCUGUUCUCCCCUGUCACCAGGGACCAUGCGGGGAUCUACAGAUGCUACGGUUCUCUCAACACCUCCUCGAACAAGUGGUCAGUCCCCAGUGACCCAGUGGUGGUCAUGGUGACAGGCGUGUACAAAAAGCCUUUUCUCGUGGACCUGGAGGGCCCCUCGGCCACCUCCCAGAAGAAGACCCUGCAGUGUGGCUCACACACAUGGUUCGAUUGGUUCCUUCUGUCCCAGGAGGGGAGUGCGAACUCCACUCAGCUCCUCAAAUCUCAGUACAAAGCUGGGCUCUUUCAGGCCAACUUUACCACGCACUCAGGCCGGCAGGCCCAGGGCAGCACCUACAGAUGCUACGGUUCUCUUGAAACCUUCCCUUCCCUGUGGUCGGAGCCCAGUGAGCCCCUGAGGGUCGUGGACAGAGGAUCUGUCACCCCGAAUUACACCCUGGAGAACGCCCUCCGGCUGGGACUGGGUGGCGUGUUUCUGCUGAUUCUUCUGGGGCUGCUGGUAGAUGCCUGGCUCAGCAGGAGACAAAAAAAUGAAGCAACACAGUAGGCAGUCUGUCACAACUGCCUAUUUUUAAAAUUUUAUUUAUUUUUUUACCGUGCAUCAUACCUAUACCAUGAAAUUUGCCAUUUUAACAUUUUUUUUCUUUUUUUUAAAAUUGUGGUGACAUAUAUUCUAUAUAUAACAUAAAACUUGUCGGGUAAACCAUUUUUAAGUGCACAGUUCAGUGACACUAAUUACAUUUACAGUGUGGUGCUGCCAUCACCUCCAUCCGUGACCAAAAUGUUUUCAACACCCCAAACAGAAACUGUUCCCAGCAAGAAAUAAGUCCUCCUUCUGUCCUGCCCCCAGCCCCAUAACCUCUAAUCUGCUUUCCAGGUCUGUGAAUUUGUUUAUCGUAGAUAUUUCUCAUGAGUGGAAUCAUACAAUAUUUGUCCUUCUGUGUCUGGCUUACUUCUCCCUGCAUCCUGUUUCCAAGGUUCAUCCGUGUGGUAGAUGCAUUAGAACGUCAUUCCUUGUUUAUGCUGAAAAUCCACUGUAUGGCUAGACCACAUUUGGGUUGUUGCCACCUUUUGGCUACUGUGGAUAAUGCGGCUGUGAACACCGGUGUCCACGUACCUGUUCCAGGCCCUGUUUUCAGUUCUUUAGGGAAUAUACCUAUGAGUGGGGUGGCCGGGUCAUACGAUAAUUCUACGUUUACCUUCCUGAGGAACCACCAAACGGUUUUCCACAGUGGCUGCACCACUCCCCAUUCCCACCAGCGAAGUAAGAGGGCUCCUGUUUCUCCACAUCCUCACGCACUCUCGUUACUUUCCCUUUUAUUUUAAUGACAGCCAUCAUAGUGGGCGUGAUGCUAUUUGUCUUCAAUGAAUCAUCUCUCACAUCUGCAUAAACUCUCCCGAUGGCUCCCAUUCCACUCUCAACGCUGCCUCCAACCCGUUGAACUUCUCUUUACUAUUUUCUCCCCAAAUUACUCUGCCUCAGUCACACUGCCCUCAAAAAACCCCAUGCACAGUCUCACCCUUGGGCUGCUGUAGCAAAGUACCACAAUCUAGGAGACUUAACACAAGAGAAAUUUACUGUCCCGCAGUCCUGGAGGCCAGAGGCUCUCAGUCGAGGUGUCGGCAGGGCCGGGCUCCCUCCGCUGCCCGUGGGGAGAAUCCCUCCCGGCUCCUCCAGCUUCUGGAGUUUGCUGGCCACCCCUGGCAUCCCUUGGCUUGGAGAUGUGUCACUCCACUCUUUGCUCUGUUGUCACGUGACUGUUUCUCCUCCUGUCUGCGCAAAAAUUUCCCUCUUUUUAUAAGGACACUAGACAUAGUAGAUUAGAGCGCCAUUUUAACCAAUCACAGCUUCAAAGACCCUAUUUCCAAGCAGGGGGUUAGGAGCUGAA